UUAAACUGCAAGAGGAUGCACAGAGGAAGAAAUUGAAACAAUUUGUUAGCUUUUGUUUACCUGGUGUGUGUAGAAGCCACCCCGCGCUCUCUCUGCUCGCCAUCCUGACCUUUCUUUCUUUCGACUCCUUAAAAAAAUUAAUUUCCCCCUCUGUGCAAUGGAGCGUGGGGGGCGGAGGGGGAAGGGUUUGAGAAUCCACCCAAGCCCGGCCCCUAUUCCCCAGAACACCAAUAAUAACCCCCUUUAAAACAUUUACCUUCCUCCUCUGCUCCUCCUCCCCGAGUCCCACCGCCCUAACUCAUAACUCUGUUGAGCCCAGAAUCUCAGAAUCAGGCGUUGGCUUUGCCGGGUGCUUCAGAUCAAUGGAUGAGUUCCACCCGUUCAUCGAGGCGCUGCUGCCUCACGUCCGAGCCUUCUCCUACACCUGGUUCAACCUGCAGGCGCGGAAGCGCAAGUACUUCAAGAAGCACGAGAAGCGGAUGUCAAAGGACGAGGAGCGCGCAGUGAAGGACGAGCUGCUGGGCGAGAAGCCUGAGAUCAAGCAGAAGUGGGCAUCCCGGCUGUUGGCCAAGCUGCGCAAAGACAUCCGGCCCGAGUUCCGCGAGGACUUUGUGCUAACCAUCACGGGCAAGAAACCCCCCUGCUGCGUGCUUUCCAACCCCGACCAGAAGGGCAAGAUCCGGCGGAUUGACUGCCUGCGCCAGGCUGACAAGGUGUGGCGGCUGGACCUGGUCAUGGUGAUUUUGUUUAAAGGGAUCCCUUUGGAAAGUACUGAUGGGGAGCGGCUCUACAAGUCGCCCCAGUGCUCGAACCCCGGCCUGUGUGUCCAGCCACAUCACAUUGGAGUCACAAUCAAAGAACUGGACCUUUAUCUGGCUUACUUUGUCCACACUCCGGAAUCCGGACAAUCAGAUAGUUCAAACCAGCAAGGAGAUGCGGACAUCAAACCACUGCCCAACGGGCACUUAAGUUUCCAGGACUGCUUUGUGACGUCUGGGGUCUGGAACGUGACAGAGCUGGUGAGAGUAUCACAGACUCCAGUUGCAACUGCGUCAGGGCCCAACUUCUCACUGGCGGACCUGGAGAGCCCCAGCUACUACAACAUAAAUCAAGUGACCCUGGGAAGGCGGUCCAUCACCUCCCCUCCUUCCACCAGCAGCACCAAGCGCCCCAAGUCCAUCGACGACAGUGAGAUGGAGAGUCCAGUAGACGAUGUGUUCUAUCCUGGGACAGGCCGCUCUCCGGCCGCUGGCAGCAGCCAGUCUAGCGGAUGGCCCAAUGACGUGGAUGCAGGCCCUGCUUCUCUAAAGAAGUCAGGAAAGCUGGACUUCUGCAGCGCCCUCUCCUCUCAGGGCAGUUCCCCACGCAUGGCUUUCACCCACCACCCGCUGCCUGUGCUUGCUGGAGUCAGACCAGGGAGCCCCCGGGCCACGGCAUCAGCGCUGCACUUCCCUUCCACGUCCAUCAUCCAGCAGUCGAGCCCGUAUUUCACACACCCAACCAUCCGCUACCACCACCACCAUGGGCAGGACUCGCUGAAGGAGUUUGUGCAGUUUGUGUGCUCUGACGGCUCGGGUCAGGCCACCGGACAGCAUUCACAACGACAGGCGCCUCCUCUGCCAACCGGUUUGUCAGCAUCGGAUCCCGGGACGGCAACUUUCUGAACAUCCCACAGCAGUCUCAGUCCUGGUUCCUCUGAUUAAGAUCAACAAAGAAACAACUAAAUUUUAAAAAGAAAAAAAAAAAGAGGUUCCUCAAAAUGGGGGAGAAGAAAUUUUGAGGCAUGGAAAUAUCCCCCAGCCCAGCCCCACCGAAAAGCAAAACUUAGACGUCGUCAGCCACUCAGCCCUUCCCUCCUCCAGCCCUGGUACCCCUGUGUUCCAAAGCCGCCCAGUUCUGGGAGCCCUCGGAAAGGGGUCUCAGCGGAGCUGUACACCAGCAGCCAAGCAGAAAGAAGCAUGCUAAGCGGACUCUGCUAAGCAGAGGACAAACAGAAAGAAAGGAUGCAACAAGACUGCCUUCCUCCUACUCAGCCAGGCCUUCCCAGGAAGGAGCAGCCAGCUCACUGGCCGGCCACCCCCGGCAGUUCCUGGGGACCCCACCCUCCGCUGGACUUAAGCUUCCCUAGGAGCCCAGAGGAACAGCUUGUAACAAUAGUAGACAUUCGAGCUCCCCUCUGGACUUCGUCUCUCCUCCCUCUCCCUCUCUCCCUUGCCCUUCCUGGGAGCCUCUGCUCAGGCUUCUGGCCCCCGCUGCUCUGGACCAGGCUAGGGCGUUCCCGGGUGGGUAAGGGAUGCUUCUUAGAGCUAGCUGAAUUCAGCCUGAGUCCAGAAUAGAGGGUCUUCUGCCACCCCAUUUUGAACCGCCCUGGCAGUUCUCGGGCUGGACACUCUCUGUACAGCACACAGGAAAGUCAGAAUGCUCUGGACUGGAUGCCCAGCCCAGCGUAGGCACCUUCUUCCACGCCCGCAGGCCGCAAGGGCUGCUGCCCUCUGCCACGCCCCUAGUGAAGGGAGUCGGCCCCAGGUCGCCCCGCACCCCAGCCCUGCAUGCAGGUGCCCUCGCUCCGCCCCUCUGCCCUGCCCCUGCCCUUGCUGCACACAGCCCUCCAGGGGCCGGCUGAGAGUGGAGCAGAAAGGGCCCCGGAGCUGAGCGAGGAGGACAAGGCAGCCUCCACCUGCGCUAGGUAGGCGUCCUGCUCUCGAGACUCUGAGCUCCUGUGGAGGGUGGGGGGAUGUCAUCCUUUUAAAAGAGUGUUCUGGAGCUUUCUGGUCCCCUUCUCUUCCCACCAUGCCCCGUGGCCACUUCUCCCUAGAUUUUAGCUGUAAUGUCUUUCCUCUUUAUUUAGGGGUGGGGCAGUCAUUGUUUGGGUCUUUCGCUGUUUGCAGUUGGGAACUCCUCUGUUUGAGCAACUUGGGAACAAUUUCGUAACACACCACAGGAAGCAGCUCUCCUCCCAGCCCCCUCCUCCUGUAAGGGAUGACGGAGGCUUGUCCAGAGGGUCUUGAGAAGCCCCCUGGGAGGGAGGGGAACGCGAGCACGCCAGCCCCCCCUGCAGGGUGACUGGGCCCCUCUGGCUUGUCUUUCUGUGCCUUAGUCCUCCUUCCCAGCAUCUCCCCUCCCAGGCCCGUUCUCAAGGUCAUGCGCCUCUCUCCGGUAUGAAAACACAAAGCACAGGUCAGGAUCUUCCGAAAGUCGGUCCAACAUUGCACCACGUGGGGGUGGGUUGUGGGCUUUAUUUAUUGAGAAUCUAGUUGGUGAGGCUGCGGCCCUGAGCAGGCGAAUGGCCGCUAGCAGGGAGCUCGGGGCUGCGAGGCGGCUGUCCCGGCGCUCUGUGUGGAAGUUGAGCGAAGCCCUCCCCUGCGGCCGUCGAGGGCCAGGCCGGAUGGACAUCCCGCGGGGAGGGCCUCCCUGUGCGAGGGGAGGGAGCCCCAGGGUGGGGGGCCGGGCGGGCCGGGCGUGACGCGCGGUCAAAGUGCAAUGAUUUUUCAGUUCGGUUGGCUAAACAGGGUCAGAGCUAAGAGCUAGCAAAAGAGGGUCCCUGCCCGGCCGCGUGCGCCUCUUCGGUCGGUCGAGGACAGUCGGGCUGUGGGCGCUGAGAUUGCGGGGCACACGCCCCGGGCGAGGUCAGAAGCUGCAGGCCAGCUAGCUGGGCCGGGGCCCAAGGUGCCCGGGCGAGGUACCCUCUGGAGGACUGGGGUGGGGUGGUGCUCCUUUCCCAAGUGGUGGUGUGAGGGGCAGGCAGGGACGAUGAGGGCGACAGAUGUGGGGACGUGUUUAGGAGAGGAAACAACCCACAAAAAAAAAAAAAUAGGGGAAAUUAACCUUUUUUUUUUUUCAUUGAACCAAGUGCAAUGCAUCAGAGAGUUUUCCUAUCUUUGUAUGUUAAGAGAUUAAGAAAAAAAAUUCUAUUUUUGUUGUAAUGUCCUCGCGGCUCUGGGGACGCUAAAAGAACUGGGCCUGCCCUGCCCUUAGCGGGGAUGAAAGCUGAGUGUUUUCUUUUUUCUUUUUUUUUUUUCCUUUUUGAUAGUUUUCUGGGUUUUUGUUGAUUGGUUUGGUUGGUUGGUUUUUUGCCUUUUUCCUGCGUUGACGAGGAUAAUCUGGGGUUUUCAUUUGUUUCGUCGUUCGGUUUCGGUGGGAGGGCUGAAGAAAACGUUUAAAAACACCUCGACAUUAAAAAAAAAAAAAAACCAA